AUGUCUACCACCAUCGCCGAUAGCGCCACCAUCAACUUUAUCAACCAACCAACCCUCCCCUGCAUUGUCGACAAUGCGCCCUUCACCCCUUCGCACACCUAUGCGGUCUAUCGCACCGAUCAACCGUCCACGUCAUCUCGUGAGGUAACCCACAAGGUGCACAGCAUCGCCGUUUCGGACGUAGACCAUGUGGUUGCUUCGUCGCAGGCUGCCUUGCCCGGAUGGCGGGCGACGCCAGUCUCACGACGUCGCGAGAUUCUGCUGAAAGCAUGUUCGCUUCUGCUCGAACGUGUCCCCGAGUAUGCUGCCAACACGAUGGCUGAAACGGUACUUUCUCGAGGAAUGGCAGGAUUCGAGCUCGCGGUGCUUGCGACGGGUCACAUCCAGUCGGCUGCUGAGAGCAUGACUCACGCGCUCAAGAGCGAGGUGUUGCCGCCGGGUGACGAUGGUGCCAUGAAGAUCGUCAAGCGCGAACCUUUUGGUGUGGUACUGGGAAUUGCGCCCUGGAACGCACCUUUCAUUUUGGGGUUGCGAUCGGUGCUCUACGCUAUCGCUGCGGGUAACACGGCGAUCCUCAAGACGUCCGAGUUCGCUCCUCGAGUCCACCUGAGUGUUGCGCAGCUUCUCAUCGAUGCCGGCUUGCCCAAGGGUGUGCUCAACGUUGUGCACGUCGACCCCGCACAUGCACCUCAAGUCACCGAGGCAUUGGUGGGUCACCCGCGCGUCCGCAAGAUCAACUUCACCGGCUCCACACGUGUCGGUCGAAUCAUCGCCUCCACCGCUGCCAAAUACCUGAAACCGGUCGUGCUCGAAUUGGGCGGCAAGGCACCUCUGAUCGUCCUCGAGGAUGCGGAUCUGGACCUGGCUGCCAACGGCAUCUUGUUCGGAGGCUAUUUGAACAGCAAUCAGAUCUGCAUGUCUGUCAACAAUGUUCUCGUCCACUCGUCGGUGGCUGCGAAACUCGAGCAGACGCUGCGCGCGCUGUUUGAUGCCCACCGCGAUAUCUUCACCGCCAAGCUCGCGCAGGGCAUGCAGGACAAGCAUGCGCUACGAUCACUGUUCACCGCUGCGUCGGCGGACAGGCUCAAGGUGCUCUACGAUGACGCAAUCAGCAAGGGUGCCAAGGUGGUCGUUGGAGAUGCUGGAUUUGAUGGUGCGCUGGUUCAACCAAUCGUGCUCGCUCCCGUUGACAAGAGCAUGAAGAUCUAUACCGAAGAAACUUUCGGUCCUGUGCUUUCCAUCAUCACAUUCGACUCGAUCGACCAGGCCGUCGAGAUCGCAAACACCCCCGAAUACGGUCUCGCCGCUUCCGUGUACACCAAGAACCAAACCUUGGGUCUCGAACUCGCAGACCGCAUCGACGCCGGCCAGGUCCACAUCAACGCCCAAAGCGUCCACGACGACCCCGUCAUGCCCCACGGCGGCUGGAAAAAUUCCGGCUACGGCAGAUUCAACGGCGUCGAAGGCGUCAGAGAGUUCACCCAGACCAAAGGUAUCACCCUCCAACACGGUCAUCCCACACCCUUCCAAUACGUCUAA